UACUGCUUUGUACAUCUGAGUAUCCAGGAGUUUCUGGCUGCACUAUAUGUGUUCCUCAUGUUCACUAACGACAACAACAAUCUGAUGGCUAAAGGGAGAUCCCUCCACAAAAAGAAACUAUACCAAGAUGCAGUGGACAAGGCCUUGCAGUUUGAAAAUGGCCACCUGGACCUUUUCCUCCGCUUCCUUCUUGGCCUUUCACUGCAGUCCAAUCAGCAUCUCCUACAAGGCCUACUGACACAGACAGGAAGCAGAUCACAAAGCAACAAGAAAACAGUCAAGUACAUCAAGGAGAAGAUCAGAAAGAAACUCCCUCUGGAGAGGUGCAUCAAUCUGUUCCACUGUCUGAAUGAACUGAAUGACCAUUCUCUAGUGGAGGAGAUCCAAAGCUACCUGAGAUCAGGAAGUCUCUCAAAAUCUAAACUCUCAUCUGGACAGUGGUCAGCUCUGGUCUUCAUGUUGCUGACCUCCGAGAAGCUGGAUGUGUUUGACCUGAAGAAAUACAUCAGAUCAGAUGCAUCUCUUCUCAAACUUCUCCCAGUUGUCAGAUCCUCUAGAACAGCCCUGCUGAACGAAUGUAAACUCACCAAGAAAAGCUGUGAGGCACUGGCUUCUGUUCUCAAAUCAAACUCUUGCUGUCUGAGACUGCUGGACAUGAGUGGCAAUAAACURCAGGAUUCAGGAGUGAAGCUGCUCUCUGCUGGACUGGAGGAUCCACACUGUAAACUGGAGACAUUGAAGCUGGCAGGCUGCAGCGUCACAGGGAAAGGCUGUGCUUCUCUGGUCUCAGCUCUGAGGUCAAACCCCUCCCACCUGAAGGAGCUGGACCUGAGUGGAAAUACUCCAGGAGUCUCUGGAGUAAAGCUGCUCUCUUCUGUACAAGAGGAUCCCCUCUAUAAACUGGAGACACUGCAGUUAAAUGAUUGACAGCUCACAGAGUCAGUGAAGGAAUGGCCUCAGUCCAAGUCCUUGGUUGUGGGAGUGCGCUGCAGUUAAAUGCUUUGACAAUUACAAAAUACAUUUUCAAAGUGCAGAAUGUAAAUAUUCAAUGCUUCGAAUCAACGACGAUAGCUCCUUGAAUCUCUCAAUCAAUCAGCCUCUGGCAAAAGUGGUGCAAGAAAAUAACCUCAACAACACAUCACCGGCGGACAUUGCUGCCCUCCA